AUGGAUGGCACCCACAGAAGGGAAACCAUUACUCGGAAAUAUCAGUUGCGCUUUGCAGGUUUUGUGAUCUUGCUUUUGCUAGGUUGUGGCAUCAUUAUUGUUUCCAUUUGUGGUGCUGGCUUGUGCGGUAGCAGUGAUUCCGUUGAGUCCACAAAAGCUUCCAGAGAUAUUCUGCAGGCACCCAAAAUGAGAAGUGUCCUUACUACCAUCCUGGGAAAAGACUACUUUGAUGGCGUGGAGGAAUCUGGACAAGGCUAUCGCCGCGACCUAACUGAUUUCCUGAGGGAAACAAGGCAAAAAUCUUUUGACUGGAUUAUCAAUCAGGAUCCACUGCAAUUGGAACAUGAUGCUCCAAAUUUAGUUCAGAGAUUCCUUCUGGUGCUUUUCUACUAUCAACAACAAGGCACAAGCCAUGGAAAGAGUGCAAUCCGCCAGCAACUUCUCAGGGGAGUGCAUCCUCCAGUUUCUGCUUUGCACUGGAAAUUUACACAGGGGAAACAGCCAAUCACAUCUGGGGGGAUCAGUGGCUCUCUGUCAGUCAUGAAUGCCAGUGGGCCGGAGUCAUUUGUGAGACUGGAGAAAGAGAAGAGGUGGAAUCAGCUCAACGGCCCUCUCCCAUGGGAGAUCACACAACUGCCACAGCUAAAACGUCUUCAUUUACAUCGCAAUCUGCUGACCGGAGUGAUGCCCCAAUGGCUCUUUACCAACCAACCAGGCCGAGCCUUGGAGUUCCUGUCGUUGGACCAUAACCAACUCUCAGGACCCAUCCCUGCAAGAUGGUUCGAAGGAACUGCAAAACUUACCAGUCUUAAGACCUCUUCAAACAGGCUGACUGGGAGAAUUCCUUCAGAACUGGGGUUAAUCCCUUGGGAGAAUUUGAGUUUAGGCAACAAUUCUCUGACAGGAUCUCUGCCAGUGGAAGUGUUCCAUCAGGGCUAUCUUAAGUCACUAUAUUUGCAUGACAAUGAUCUUACUGGUACCCUGCCAAGUGAAGUUGGGUUGUCCGCAAACCUGGAAUAUCUUUACUUCGGUGGCAACAGUGUAUCAGGAUCCCUGCCUUCAGAGAUUGGUCUGGCACGGCAAAUGAGAUAUUUGCAGGUUUCCUACACCAACAUGCAAGGGACACUCCCUGAAGAAUUGUAUGAACUCAGCAUUCUUUUGGAGUUGCUGUUGGACAGUUGCAACUUUUCUGGGACCAUCAGUUCAUCCCUUGCUUUUUUGACAGACCUUGAGUGGCUGGUCCUAUCGAAUAACAACUUCCAUGGCCCAAUCCCCAAUGAGGUCGGCGAGCUGACAAAUCUGCGUCUAUUGCAGGUGACUGAGAAUGAACUGACAGGCACUGUUCCAGAGUCUCUCUGCCAAAAUCUUGCUUAUAUUGAUGGUCAUUUUAAGGUUGUAUUUGGGGUUGACUGUUUGCCCAGCACAGAAACUGGAGUCCCCACAAUUGAGUGUGCUGUUGAUUGCUGUACCAUGUGUUGUGACAAUACAGGGUAUUGCCUUGUCAAUUGA